AUGGGCCCGCGAGUACUGCCAGUCGAUGGUUUUGUGGUGUACAAAAAUCCAGACGAACAGCGGCACGAGUUCGCAGACCAGGCAGUCAAGUUCAGCAGCGCGUAUCUGUCACCAGAAACAGCAUGUUUUCGUCUCACUUUUACCAUCUUGGGUGGCGAGCACAACAAAACUGUCAUGUAUAUGCAAAUUACGCCUGACAUCCUCGACUCGUUCCGCCAUGAGACUUGCGAAUUGAAGAAUCGUGACCUACCUCACCUAGGCAACGUGCGGAGGCGGCUGGGCCGCAAGGCCGGCAGGGGCGACCUAACUCACUUUCGAUUUAACUUGCGCAAUGGCGUCCACGUACAGCGCAUCGUACCCAACGACUUUCCCGACUACGAAGCUCUUGACGACCCGGCUCGGCAUGUCCUUGACAUUGUUUCAUCGGUCGCCGCCUCUCCAUCAUUCUCCUUAUACAUUCCGGCCAAUCAAGUACUGCGGUCUGUGCUUGACAGUUGCGUUGAAGCUGCUGAGCGAUGUUCGGUGUUAACAGAGAAAGAGCUACAGUCGUAUCUGCGAGCGGUUGACUUGCAGAGGCUGUAUGGUGGCAAAGGUGGCAGGGUACUUGCCGUACGUGAUGACGACGCUGCCGUAGAUCGUGAUCUCGCCAUCGACGACCAUGAUAGUACCUCUCAGCUGGAGACCGAUUCGUGCGCGACAGUGGGUUUCGACGUUGUCCCGCGUGAUCAGGACUCUCCCCCGCGGUAUGACGAGCGCUCCACCGACGUGAAGAAGCCCAUGGCGAAGCUGGCCGACACGGUCAACGUCGUCGAAAGCUCCGUUAUUGGCUGUCCGCCGCCGGAGUAUGGUGACAUCGAACAGGCUCGCGGCACGCCGAUGGCUCUCAAGCGCGUGCGCCAAUGGGUGGAUGAGGAUGGGUCUCCGCACCCAAGUCCCAAACGAGCGUUUUCACUGGGUUCAUGUGUCGCGAUAUCCGCCUCGGCUUCAGCAACGAACGUGCGACGACUUGAUGCAACAAAGAGACUCGAACUUGAAGAUGCGGAUGUCGACGGCUACAUGCUGCUGCACGACUUAUCACGUCGGGUUAUUGAGCAAGAAAACCGGCAGGUGAUGCAAGAACAAGAAAACCACCAAUUACGGCAUGAGAUCAAGCUAUUACAAGAGAAAGUCGAACAACUGCGACAGCAGAAUAAGAUCUAUGAGAAACGUCAAAGUGAGGCGGAAGAGAUUUGUGGUGGUUUGAAAUAUCAACAAGACCUGGUCAAGGACGAGCUGGAGAAUUUCGAUGCCCAGGUUGAUGAGCUGGGAGGGAGACUUGGCGAGGUUGAGAAGGAAAUGCAAUGUUUUCCGGAGGAGCUGGUGGAUUUGGUGAGACAGACGAUUCGGGACAUGUUGCAAGAGGACAUGCUGCAAGAGGACAUGGUGCGAGACGCAAUCGCCGAUGUGGUCAAGGAAUGCGUGGAUGACCGGUUGAGCGACUACAUACGCGGAGAGGGCGAAGUUAACUUGGCUGGACCAGUGAGAGCAUAUUUGUGUAAGAUCGUCACGGACCAGGUAGCCACGGUGAAGGCAAAAAUAUGCAAGGCUCUACGAGAGUAG